AUGGUCAGCAGCAACACCAACCAGAUAAAGAAGGCUAUUGUGUUUAUCGCCAACGGCACGGAGGAGAUGGAAGCAAUCAUCACCAUGAUGUUCUGCGCCGAGCAAGUAUCCAACCGCAACGUACGAAUUGUACCUGACGCCUACCUGGGCGAUGACUCGGUAAAGAUCAGCACCUACGACGCGGUUAUAAUCCCGGGCGGAGCUGAGGGCGCGGCCACGCUUCCCAGAACGCGCAGCCUGGCCAUUAAAAGCGCGGGGAUCCAGAGCAAAGUGCCGCACCCAAUUUGCUUGACAUCGCACCCCAGUGUCAAGGACCAGUUGAAGAACGACUUUGUAUACAAGGAGGACCGAGUUGUUGUGGACAGUAAUCUGUUUGCGCUUCGCCUUGUUUCACUGCUGGUGGACGAGGACAAGGCCCGCGAGGUUGCCGGGCCGAUGAUGCUGAACUUUGAAAUUUAA